AUGGUGACCAUCCCCCCUGUGGGCUGGAUCAAUGCUGGGCAUCGACACGGCACAAAGGUGCUGGGGACGUUCUGCGUUGAGUGGUCAGAGGGCUCCCAGCAGUGCGCUGAGUUCCUCGAUGGGGGAAAGGUCCAGGCCGCAUUGGUCAAACAGCUCACAAGCAUUGCAGCACACUUUGGCUUCGACGGCUGGCUGUUGAAUUUCGAGGUGGAGCUGGACCGCAAGAAACACAUUCCACAGCUGAUCGCAUUUGUGAAGGAGCUGACGAGACAAAUGCAAGAGAUGUGCCCUUUGUCUUUAGUCAUAUGGUACGACGCCGUGACGACGUACGGCCGCCUGAGGUGGCAAAACGCCGUGACGGCAAAGAAUCAACCGUUCUUCGACGCCUGCAAUGGCAUCCUCCUGAACUACAGCUGGCGGCGUGGCUCGCUGCGCACCCAAGCAUCCAGACGCGCGAGCAGACUGCAAGACGAGUACGUUGGCGUGGACGUCUGGGGUCGGAGCACCCGAGCGUAUGGCGAGGGGUAUGCCUGUGUGGCGGGCGUUGCCCAUGCCAAGGCUUCGGGCCGGUCUUGUGGGCUCUUUGCACCGGCGUGGGUGUACGAGGUUGGUGAGACCAGGGCCUGGGAGAAGAGGAAUGGGGCGUUUUGGGCUUCGGUGAUGAGCGCGUGGGGAUGCCACGCAGUGGUCACGAGCCUCCCCUUCUACAGCAGUUUCAACUUGGGCGGCGGUGCGGCCAUGCACAUUUCGGGGAGUGUGGUCAGCCCGCACCCUUGGUACAAUGUAUCAUGCCAAAACAUCCAACCCUCCUCGCUGAGGGUGCUUGUCGGGCGAGACGGUGCAAGUCGAUGGGAUAACGGCCUCACCCAACGUCACACCUGCCAGUUUGCCUACAACGGUGGCUCGUGCCUUGUUCUGGGGGGUAAUCUAUGUGGUGGGCAGAUGGCAUGGUGCCCUCUUUUUGAUGCGGACAUUCCUGUCGCUGCAGGCAAGGCAGUUUGA